UGAAAUAGUUUUUUAAAGGCCAUCUUAGUCAUUUAAAUUACAUAUUGAAAACCACGUCCUCCAGUUGUUAAUGGUGCGCUUGCGUGCAAAUGAACCGGGAGCUGUCUAAGUGCUGAAUCUAAAGACACGUCCACUCGUCUCCCAUUCCAGCAGCGGACGGUCUUCAACCCAAGGAAAUAUUCUUCUUCAACACCACUAUACUUUAGAGACCAUAGUAUACUUUAGAGACCAUCUGUUUUCACUGAGUUUUUGAAUGAAAGUGAGAACGCCUUCCUGAAGGCUCUAUAUUCCGCGUCUUGUGGAUAUUUCUCACCUCACAACGUCUUUUCCACAGGUUAUUUUUAGGUGGCAAUGACUCAGAAUUGAUGAUUCUUUACACAUUAUCAACAACAAUACCGCACCUGGGAAUCAGUGUUUUUUCAAACUAAGCUAUGAUCCUACGGACUGGAAUGCCUUAUGUGUAUUCUCUGUGUUUCACGAGAACACCCAAUUGCGCUUUGGUCAGAAAGAAAUCGAUAUUGCUGCUUGGAUUGUGUGUUUGACCAACAUUCAUAUAUGGAAGAAAUAAAGAAGUGAAGAAAUCUAAAAUCAAAAGGAAUGAAUCGCCCCUUUGUCAACGUCUUGACUGCUUUAUUUGCAUGUUUAAUGGAGACCAACAACAGCAGGGUGGUGGAUGCCAAGGAGCAUGAGUCCAGAUCAGGCUCUACUACUAACUUGUCUCCCUCAGACUUUCUGGACUCAUUAAUGGGUAGAACAUCUGGUUAUGAUGCACGAAUACGACCAAACUUCAAAGGUCCCCCAGUUAAUGUUACCUGCAACAUAUUUAUCAACAGCUUUGGUUCUAUAGCAGAAACUACAAUGGAUUACAGAGUGAACAUCUUCCUGCGACAGAAGUGGAGAGACCCUCGGUUGGCAUACAGCAAAUACCCAGACUCGUCUCUUGACCUGGACCCGUCCAUGUUGGAUUCUAUUUGGAAACCUGAUCUGUUCUUCGCCAACGAGAAAGGCGCCAACUUUCAUGAUGUCACCACAGACAACAAGCUCCUGAGGGUCUUCAAAGAUGGGACCGUCCUGUACAGUAUCAGGUUGACUCUCAUUCUAUCUUGUCCGAUGGAUCUGAAGAACUUUCCCAUGGACAUGCAGAUCUGUACCAUGCAACUGGAGAGCUUUGGCUACACCAUGAAUGAUUUGAUCUUUGAGUGGGAGAGCAAGGACAAAAAUCCUGUACAGGUGGCCGCUGGGUUGACCCUCCCCCAGUUCAUCAUGAGAGAUGAGAAGGAGCUUGGCUACUGUACCAAAAGCUACAACACCGGUAAAUUCACCUGCAUUGAGGUGAAGUUCCACUUGGAGAGACAGAUGGGUUACUACCUGAUCCAGAUGUACAUCCCCAGCCUCCUCAUCGUCAUCCUGUCCUGGGUCUCCUUCUGGAUCAACAUGGACGCCGCUCCCGCCAGGGUGGCACUGGGCAUCACCACCGUGCUCACCAUGACAACCCAGAGCUCCGGCUCCCGAGCCUCCCUUCCUAAGGUCUCCUAUGUGAAGGCCAUUGAUAUCUGGAUGGCCGUGUGUCUUCUGUUUGUAUUUGCUGCCCUACUGGAAUACGCUGGGGUUAACUUUGUCUCCAGGCAACAGAAAGAGUUCCUUCGCUUGAGGCGAAGACAGAGGCGGACUCACAGGGAUGACGACAUGAGGGAUGGCUUCAAUUACUCGGGUUACGGCAUGACUCAUUGUCUGAAGGAUGGGUCGGCUGUUAAAAACGCUGUCCCAAACCCCGGCCCAGCACCACCUACCUCUAAAGAAAAAGAGGUGAUAAGGAAGAGGUUUGUGGACAGGGCCAAGAGGAUUGACACUGUGUCCCGAGCAGCCUUCCCUAUGGCCUUCCUCCUCUUCAACAUCUUCUAUUGGAUAACAUACAAGGUCAUCAGGCAUGAGGACAUUGGCAUGCAGUCAGGGUAGUCGCUCUGCCCUGCAGGUUUUACCUAUGGAACUCUCAGCUCUCUCUCUUUCUCUAUCAUUUCUCUAAAUGAGAAACGCUAGGACAGCACAGUGAGACUAAUGUAUCUUAUGGGACUAUACAUGGAGGAGAGGCACAGGGAUGUUGAUGGUGUUGGUGUUCUUUCAGGGAAAAUAUAUAGGUGUUCAUGCAAAAUCUAAAAGACUAAUGCACAUGUUUAGGAUUAACAAUUGAACAAUUGGUGAGUAACAGAUGUAUGUUUUCGAUGUGUUCCUGUGAGCUAACGCAUCCUGGAGAUUCUAAUGGGUUUUUACUCAAGGCACAGAACAAUGAUAUGAAAAGGUGGACCAAAUUUUAUGAGACAAUUCUGACUUUGCAUUUGUACAACCUUGCAAUGGAGCAACAUUCCAUGGAUUUGUAUGUGCAGUAGUCUGGGCCUUGUAGUUAAGGUGUGGUGAAAAAAAAAGUUUAAUAAAAAGGUUGAUUAGAGCAGUUUUAUACAAUUGUACUGCAGUUCCUCACUGUGUCUACAAGCAGCAAUUAUUGUGUUUAUUAGGCAGCGAACACAAUACACACACACACACACACACACACACACACACACACACACACACACACACACACCAUAUAAGGCCUACAUCUGUUAAUAUUACAGAUGCAUUUUCCAGGUCGAUUUGGUUUUACAGUUGGAGUGUAAGUUUUGUAAAUUUAACUGUAAUGAAAUGUUUAUUGUAAUGAAGGCAGAUGACAUGUUUCUAAAACAGAGAUUUCUACUUCUAAAGAUUCCUCUGAGGACUGUUGAAUGCAUCCCCUCACUUCCACACUGCAGUGCCCUCUUUGGGCAGUACGUAUUACAGUUGACAUUGUAUACUAUACAGUAUUGCAACUAUGAAGUAGAUCUUUAUACUAGGGCCCUGUGUUUUGGUAAAUCAUGUCACAUGACCUAGAUUUGAACCUUUAUUUAAAGCUUUUUCAACAAACGGUCCCCUUUUCGUUAUAUGUCAGAUGGUCCAGCACAUUCUUUAGACAAUUGCUUUCAUUUUUUUGUGAAAUUCAAAUUUCUGGAAAAGGCUUAAAGAUGCAUUAUGCAGAAAUCACUCUGCCAUUUCCUGGUUCCAAAAUUAUUAAUUGUUUGCCUAAUUUCCUAUUAAGUGACAAACAAGCAAGUAUAGUGUAGAGAAUCAUUGUACCAUCUAUACUGCUUUGAAAUAUAUUUUACAUAACUAAAAAUAUUGUAUUUUCAGCUGUUUGAAGCCGAAAGUAAAAGACAAAAAAAAAAUCAACUUUAAAACGGGAAGCAUAGAAAUAGCGUACAUAGACCAUAUCUACCGCUUCAAUGAAUAUGACAGAUGUAUAACUCACAUUUCUAUGUGAAGUUUGUCAGGUCGCCCCAAAACAUAUUGCAUCUUUAAAAUAAAAUAUUAAAAUCUAGGUCAUGUGACAUUAUAGCCAAAAACACAGAGCCCUUCUCAUAACACAUAAUAGUAUAGAGCAGUUAUUGGUCCUUGCACUUCUGACAUAAUAUGAGGAAAGUUUUUUGUUGAAUGGUGUUUCUGAAAAAGGUUGUUUACUAAACUGUACAUCAAUAAAGUUGAGUGUGCACCACACAUAUGCUCUCCCUCAUCAUAGUCGUGUGUUACUGUAUUGUCCCAUCUUCAAACAGGUUGUCAUAUCUUUAGAUGAUGUGUACUGUCUGUUUGGAACUAGCUGACCACAUUUUAGAAGAAUAAUUAUGAUGCAGACUACAGAGUUGAAUAUUUCUAGAGGGAUGGCAACAAGGAAUCAAUACUGAUGAAUAAUGAUUACAGACAAACCAAGAGCAGACAUUACUAUAUUAACUUGGGAAUAGAGAAGGUUAGAGGAGAGAAAAAUCAACAACUGUCCUUUCUACUUACCUGGCCAAUGACUCAGGGUGACUGCUGAAGCCUGGCUGGGCUCUCUCUCACUCUUUCUCUCUCUCUCCAGGUCGCUCCGUGUGACACAGACCCGGGGCGACAGCGGGCUUCCGUUAAUGUGGGAUAAUGGGCCUCACGGUGCGUUGGCGAGACAUCACAGCAGGUGACAUUUACCUAUGUGGACUACAGCUGAAUAAAAAACGCUAGGGUGGCUUCAACGACACUGCAGGACAAUUCUAUUAGACACACACCCGGGGAUAAGUGGUAGAACAUAUUAAAUGGUCUCCACUCAGUGCAAUUGUCUCUGAAGUUGUUUAAUGUGAGAGCCAUGCAAAUUACUGCUGCCCAGAAAGGCAUCAUGUUAUGCCCCGACACCAAAUUACCAUGUGAAUUAUUUGAAUUAGACAGAAAAUAUAAUAUUGCUCUACUGUAUAUAGGACUUACCUUUUCCACUAGUCAAUUCACUGAACCUUAUUAUUAUUAAGCUGGAAAUGAAUGAGAGAGAUCAAUAUAUAUAUAGAUAGAUCAAUAUUGAGCCAUAUCCAAGAAAAUGUGUAAUGUUGGGGAUUAAAGAGAUUUUUCUGUACUUUUGUGUACUUUCUAGCCAGUAGUUCUGAAAGUAGCGCUCAUGAGCCAAAAGUGGUCUGUCUCGCUCUGCUGUGUGUGCAUCUUGCUAGCUGUCACUCAAAAGGCGAGGGGCUGAAGCUCAUUGGCUAAAACUCUAAUUGCUAGGUGCUGGUCCACGUGGGGGGAAA